AUGGGAGCCAGGGUUUGCAGCCCAUCCCGCCAUCUCGCUCACAGGUGUUGGGUGGGUCUCCUGGACGAAGCCGGCGGGGACUUCUACCGCUUCAACUGCUUCGACUUGGAGGCCACAGCGGACCCGCGGCUCAUGCAGCAGAGCCCGGACCACCGACUGGACCAUGUCGUGGAGAAGAAGAAGGCCAUCGCCAAGGCAGCCUUACGGCGCCGAGGGAGCUGCGUUACUCUGCAGAUCAUCGACGCCCGCAUCUUGCGGCUGCAGCACCGGCAGGGCCUGCGCUGCGCCGCCUUCGUGGGGAACACCGGUCAGCAUUUCUCUUCCCUGCCGCCGCUCUUCACACAGUGCUCGUACGGCCAGGUGAUGUAUCAGCUGCCAGGGAAGCCUCAGGACCGCUUUUCGAAGUUCAGCCUGCCACUGCUCAUGUGGACCAGCUUCGAGCACAACAUCCAGGUGCCCACGCCGGGGGAGCGUUCCUCGGUCUACUACUGCUACUCGGACAUGGCGGAGUCGGAGUCCAUGCCCUUCGACCACCCCGCCUCCGAGCGGGCGAGACGCCGCGUGCUGGGGCGCCUUGCGAACCCCAAGCUGGACUUGUCGCGGAAGAUCAUCGAGGCGAGGAAAGAGGAAAGCAUUGGCGUAUCCCCGCUCCCCAUGGCUUGCCUGCGGAAAUGA